AUGUCAACAUCUAAAGUGAAUCCUAAUAGUCAACAUCGAGAUGUUCAACAACGAAAUCAUUCAUCUAAACGAACAAUGAUAAAUAAUAUUAAUCCAUUAUUAGAUAAUUAUAAUAAUAAUACUGCUGCUGCUGCUGUAACUGAUACAGUUUUACAACAAUCAAGAAUUCAUCAUAUAACAAGAUCAAUGAAACAAAAAGAUAAAUGUGAAACUACAAAUAUAUCAAGAUCAAAACCUGAAAGUGGAAGCGAAGAAAUUUAUACAACUCCAUUGAAUAAUGAACAUACAAAACUAUCUUCUUGUAUUCAUCAAAAACAACGAAUAAGACAAAGAAUAGGUGAUUAUAUUGGACAAGAUGCUGAUGAAGAAUCUACUGCUAUUUGUACUAAUAUGAAAAGAAAUAAAGAAUCAAAUGAAUAUAUACAUCGAUUAUCAACAUCAAUUAAUAAUUCUGCUAAUCAUCUUCAACAACAAGGUAUGGGUGAUCAUUAUCAUACAAAUUCAAAACAACAAAGAAAUAGAAGUAAAACAACAACAACAGCAGCAUUAAAUCGAAAAUAUCAUCGAUUAAUUGAACAAGACGAUCUUGAAAUAGCAUUAAAUGAAAGAAAUGCAUAUCAAUGGCGAAUAAUUAUGUAUAUACUCAUUCUAUUAAUCUUAGGUUUUGUUAUCUAUCGAUUCUUACUUGCUCUAUGGCCUAAACCAAAACAAACACUUUUGAAACAACUAAUACAUGAUUUAUCUACUUUUUUUACACCUUAA